UCAAAUAAAUAUUCAAGAAAUGUACAUGUAUAUACAUAAUAAUUGAAUAAACAAAAUAAUGGAAGAAAUAUCGUUUGUACAUAUUAUAAAGUAUACAUAUUUGAACAUAUAUGUGUAUAAUGAAAUCCGCGUAUGGCUAUAGUUAACUACAAAUAUUACCGAAGGAUGGAGACACUAGUAGUAAGAAGCCUCGUAUAUUGGAGGGGGAAAGAAUGUUCAUGCUUUUGAUGCAAUGUCGUGUUAGUAAGUGAUAUAUUUCGCUUAUCCAUGUUGUUUGGGAUUUAUAUUGAAAGUGAUUUAUUUGAUUUGUUGAACACAUUUUGAAAGCUACAGAGAUUAUUGAGAAAAAGACAUCCUUAUUAAUUUUAUUUCCAGAUUCUUAUCUGAAUUCUAUAGAUGAUAUGCAACUAAAUGCAUGCAAUGAGUCAAAAUGACAUCAAUAGAGGCACAAAAAAGUUUUACAAAUUCUUUAAAUUUACAAAGUUCAGUUAUAUCUGAAUCACAAAAAGAAAACUCACAAUUGACAAAUGUUCAAGAAGAACAAAAUAUUGAUAUUGCUAAUAAAGAAACAAGUAAAGAUACUAUUAUAGACAUAAAAAAUGAUAUUAAAGAUACACUGCACAUUAAAAAUUGUGAUCAAAAGAAAUAUGAAAAUGAAGAAGAUGUAAUUAUUUUAGAAAAUAAUAAGAAAGAUAUUAAAUGUAACAUAAAUAAAAUAGAACAUGGACAGAACAGCGAAAAGUUGGAUAUUAUUUCUUUUGCUUCUGAAAAUGAUUCUAAAAUAAUUAAAACUGAAAAUACAAAAGAAGUUACAAGUAAAAGUGGAAAUAAUUUAAAAAGAACACGACGAAGUAUUACUACUCAAGAAGCAGAUGUACUUUUAGAAGAAAAUAAUUCAAGAACUAAACGAAAGAAAAAAAAUACAAAUGAUAGAUUUUGUUGGCGAUGUCAUAAAGAAUCAGUAGAAGCACAUUGUAGUGCAUGUCCUAGAUCAUGGCAUCGCAAAUGUAUAGGAAUGCAACAAUCAAUUAUUCAAAAUUGGAUAUGUGGAGAAUGUGCAGCAAUUUUACGAGCGGAAAAUGCAGAAACACGUUCUACAGCUAUGGCACAAUUAUCUGUUGAUCAAUUAUGUUUAUUAUUAAAACAUGUUGUUGAAAGAAUGAGAGAAUAUCCUGGUUCAGAACCAUUUUGGAAACCAGUAGAACUUUCUGAAGCUCCAAAUUAUCUAGAUUAUGUGGUAAAACCAAUGGAUUUAAGUCUUUUAGAAUCGAAUGUUCGAGCUAAAUUAUACGGUAGUACAGAUGCAUUUAUGGCUGAUGCUAAAUGGAUUCAACAUAACUGUAUUGUAUUUAAUACAUGUGGUGGUGUAUACACUGAUACAUCUAAAUUAACAAAUGCUGCAAAACAAAUUAUUAAAUUAGCACGUCAAGAAGUAUCAGAAAUUGAAGCAUGUCCUGAUUGUUAUGCUCAUGGAAGAAAUUUGCCAAGACCACAACCAGCAUGGUUUAUUGAACCAUGUCGUCGUCCUCAUCCGCUAGUUUGGGCUAAAUUGAAAGGUUUUCCAUUUUGGCCUGCAAAAGCUAUGCCUCGAAUGAAUUCUCAAGGUUUUGUAGAUGUUCGAUUUUUUGGUGAACAUGAUCGAGCAUGGGUUUCUCCACGAGAUCUAUAUUUAUAUUCAGAAGAUCCACCUGUCCCAUUACCAAGAAAAAGAAAAUUAGAUAUGGAGGAAUGUGUUAGAGAAAUUACUCGUCAUUGUCGAAAAUUAGAGCUUGUAUUUGGUGAAUUCAAAUUUGCACCCCCUAAAGUACAAUAUAAUCCGCAUGAUCCAAUGCAAAUAAAAUUAAUGUUACCAAAUUAUGAUCCUCUCAAUUCUAGUAAUUGCAUAUCUCCGCAACACUUGAUUCCUAAGAAAACACCUUUUCUUAAAAAGCGAGUUCAUGUUAAAAUGAAAUCGCAAAAUGAUUUAGAGAAGAUAGACAAUUCUGAUACUGAAAAUAAAAUAUCAAAUGAAUUUAACUCCGCUAAUAAAGGAAGCAAAAUUGAAAGUAGACCGUCUAAAAUAGUAGAAUCUGAUAAUUUCCAUGAAACUGAAACCAUUGCUGUUACAAGCAACAAUUUAAACGAAUCAAUGGACAGAGAAAGUAAAGAAGACGUGCAAGUAGGCAAAAAUACAUUAACAAAAUUGGAUGUGGUCGCAAAAGAAGAUAUGAAACCAAGUACAAGUAAAACUAGUAAAAAUGAAAUAAAUAAUGGAAAUACAGCAAAAGAUGACACAAAUGGACCAAAUUUUAUGUUGAAACAAAACUCUGAAAAUGAAAUAAAUGAUAAUAAAAGAUCUUUGGAAAAUUUAUUAAAACAAGAAAUAGUAACUUCAAAAAAACAUACAGUGAAAGAUAUUCAAAUAUCCAAAAAGGAAUUCAUUUCUAAAAUGAAUGUUAAUAAAGAAGAUGCUAGUCAAAAUUUAAAUUCACAAAAGAAUAAUUUUAAAAAUACUAAAAACAUAGAAAAAGUUUAUAAACCAAAGACAAGAAUAGUUGAUAAAAUGAACGCCGAGAAAGCUUUAAGAUCUACCACAAUAGAGCAAAGUCAAAAAUUAAAUACAACAGGAACGAUAGUUAAACAACAAAAUGAUUCAACAAAAUUGAAAGAUACCUCUAAAAAUCAUAGUAACAAUUUAACAGAAUCAACUAUUUCAAUACUAAGCAAUAAAACACCAAUUGAUACUGAUAUUAAUGGUGAUGUUGACACUUACAAAAAAAAUACUACAGAUCAAUCUGUUGCAUUACUUUUCGUUGUAAAUGAUGGUACAUCUAAUACUACAAAAAAAUCCACUGGUAAUUUGAUUACCGAAAAAGAGAAAAAUUGUGAUGUUUCAAUUCAAGAUCAACAGACUUCGAAAAUUUCAUUACAACUGUCAUAUCAACAAACAAAGGAAAGCAAAGCUAGAAAAUCAUUUCCUAAUAAACCUCGUAAUUGUCCACAACUCAUUCCACGUUCAUCGACGAGCACACAAUCCAAUUCAAUAGAUUCUAUAGUAACUGAUUAUCAAACUGAAAAUCGUAUUGAAUAUCAAAUGCUACCACCAGAAGCAGGACCUAUCAGUGCUCGUUUGUAUCAUGGUGCUCAAGAUUUAGCCAGAAAACUAGCUAAAUUAAUGGAAGAGGCAUACAAGGAAGCAGCACAAGAAAGUCAAAAUUGUGAAAGCCGUAUGUCUGAAAAUCACCAAGCAACAGUACAUUUUUUAAGAUUACAAAUAGAACGUAUGAGAUGGCAACAUCAACAACAAUUAGCAGAAUUAAAACAUAAUACAGAUAGAAUAUUACGUGAAAUGAAAGCAAGUUUGGAAGCUGAAAGAUUACGUGCUAUUGAGGAAACUCGUAGAGAAGCAGAAGAAGAAAAGCUACGAUGUAUUGAAGAAAUUAAACGUAAACAAUGGUGUGCAAUGUGUGGUAGAGAAGCAUUAUUUUACUGCUGUUGGAAUACUGCAUAUUGUGAUUAUCCUUGCCAACAAUCACAUUGGCCAAUGCAUAUGAGAACAUGUGCUCAAAAACCUUCAUUCACUACUAUUGUUACCAGUUCUACUGUAAAUUCGAAUCAGCAGCAGAAUCAUAAUAUCAAAGUAAACAGCCCUACUAAUAGGAUGUACGAAUUAUCACAUGAUAAACUGAACAAAAUAUCAACAUCUCUAGCUUUGUGUUGUUCUGAAACUGAUGGUAAUGGAAAUUCAUCAUAGU